AUGCCCGCCCUCGGCCUCGACCUCGCCUCGAAGCGCCAGCGCACGCGCGCCGACUACUUUUACCUGCGCACCUACCGCCUCCGCUGGUCUGACAACGACGUCUUCGGACACGUCAAUAACCCCUACUACGGCGUCCUGGCCGACAGCAUCAUCAACGAGUACAUGAUCCGCGAGUGCGGCUACCGCACCGCGCACCACCCGCAGGCCGCCAUCAUCGCCAACACGUACUUUGACUAUUUCGGCAGCCUCAGCUACCCGGAUGUCGUGGAGUGUGGGUUGCGGGUGGUGAAGCUGGGGAAGACGAGCGUCAUGUAUGAGGUGGGCGUCUUCAGGGAGGGGGAUGAGAAGUGUAAGGCCGUUGGGGGGAGCAGUCAUAUUUGGGUGGAGCAGAAGAAGCCGGGAGAGUUGGGGAGGCCGGUGAAGGAGGGGAUGCCCGAGGAGAUGAGGAGGGGGUAUGAGAGGAUUAUGGGCGAGGAGGCGAGGCAUGGGGCGGAGAGGGCAAGGGGGGAGGCGGAGAAGGCGAAGGCGAGGUUAUAG